AUAACAUACCUAAUAUUUGGAAAUAUAAUUGUGAUAAGAGUUCCAAAAAAAUUUGUUGUUAACAUAAAAUUUUCUUUGAAUUUGUAUUGCUACUGUAAUAAUAAUGAUCGUUACUGCCGACAUGACUGCGAAGGAGAUAAUAAACGAUUUUAAGGAGAAUUAUGGAAAAGUAAGAAAAUUGCUAGACGAGGAUAGUAAAAAUGACCCUGAAAACGAACCUUACACAUCAAAAUAUAAAGCUAAAGAGAUAUUGUUAAAAAUGCGCGAUGCAUUGACUAACACAUUAAAUACCGAAUCUAAUCUCGAUCCUUUAAAAGGCGAUGCAAUGUUAGGCAUUGUUCUUCUCAACAUUGGUAUCAUUGAUAUGGAGACAGAAGAGCUAACUGCUAGUGAGAAAAUACUUACUGAAGCUGAAGAACUGUUGCUUCCCAACUCAUCUAAACCAGAAAUUGUUACAACAAUUAUAAAUAUUGAUAAUAAUCUUGGUAUUCUGUGGUCCAAUAGGGAUGAACCAGAAAAAGCUAAAUCAUAUCUUCUUAAGUCAAAAGACUUUUAUGAAACAUUCAAGUGUUCAAUGCAAAUGCCUUUACCGAUUGAAAAUAUAAUACACAAUACUACUGAUACUGUCACUGGUGAUAUCAUGGUAUUAGAGAAGGCUUAUACUUUAACACUGUAUUAUCUUGCUCAGGUUUACGGUUCUCUAAAAGAGGACCUUAAAUCUGCUGUGUAUUGUCAUGUAACAUUACGAAGACAGUUGCAGUACAAUGACUAUGAGCCAGUGGACUGGUCACUGAACUCUGCAACAUUAUCACAGUUUUUCGCUGAGCGAAAUGGUUUCUUUCAAUCCAGGCAUCACUUAGCUGCGGCUUCUACUAUAUUGGAUCAGUAUGAAGCCAAAUUGUUAGAAGACGACAGUAAUGAUGAGGUGAUGUUGGCUAAAAAAGAACAAUUGAAGCAUCGGUCUGCUGAUGUGGCUCGGUGUUGGGCUAAAUAUUGUAUUCUCUUGAUGACUGCUUCAAAGACAAGGCUUAUGAAUGAUGCAGAGAGAAUGACAGAGGCAGUUACAGAUAUGUCAAACCUUCAAUUAGAGGACAAUGAGAAUAUUUGCGGUGGAGAUAUAAAAAACCUUAUCUUCCCUGACCUAGAUGUGACUAAAUACGAAAACAAAAUUGGCGAUAAGUUUAUUCUUACGUAUCAGGAUGCGAGAGAAGUAUUCUUAAGCUGUCAGAGUUGGUUAAAUAAGGCCAAGGAAUAUUAUAAAUUGGAUUCAUUGGCGUCAGAUUACAUUGAGUUGAUUCAAGACAGUUCACAGUCGUAUGCCUACCUUGCGUUCUUUGAGGAAGAUGACGAACGAAGGUCGAAAAUGCACAAACGACGAAUUGAUAUGUUGGAAGAUUUAAUUAAAGAAAUUAAUCCCACAUACUAUUUACAGUAUUGCCGACAGUUAUGGUAUGAGCUUGGCGAGGUGUAUUCUGAAAUUUUGAACAUUAAAUUGGACAAGCUGAAUAAAACAAGUGACAAACCAACACCGCAUCUAUUAAAGAAAAUAAACAUGCUUUGCGAAAAAAGUAUAGAGAAUUAUGAUCACUUUUUAGAUUCUGUCAAAGACAAAAACGGGCAAAUGCCAGUCAAGUUAGAGCUUGAUGUAAUAAGGCCCGUGAUUAGUGCGUAUGCGUUUAUUGGUCGGAAUAGUAUGAAGAGGAUUGCGUUAGAUAAACGUACGCAGUUGAUUCACGUUAAGAAAAGUUUUGAUUCGUACCAAGCUGUAGUAGAUAUUUGUACAAGCGAUAAAGACGCAGCGAAAAUGAUGCAUGUGGAAUUUAGCUUGUGUCAAGAAAUGGUUAAUAUUUUACCAAUAAAAAUUAAACGGCUAGAAACGGAACUUGCUGCUUAAUUUUGCUUUGAUCUCUGUAUGCUUAACACUGUUGACAAAUAGAUUGUGAUAUGCAAACAUUUCUUGAAAAGUAACCAUUUGUAUUUAUUUUAUAUUUGACGUAAAUAAUGUUGUACCAGUACAAAUAUAUAGCUCAUGUAUUGAAUCUCUGUUUUAUAACGUUAUAUAGACAAAAGAGUAUGUUAUGUUGCAUAGUACCUAUGUAAAUGUAUUCUCACAUUUAACUGUCAUGGGCGGCGACCAUCACCUACCAUCAAGUGGGUCGCCUGCUCCAUUGCCGGGGUUGUAAUAAAAAAAAAAACAUAAAUUGUUUAAGACCCAAAAGAAGAAACAAAUGCAUGGAAUAUACAGAAUACUCUAU